CCUCAGGCUGGGGGCGCUGCCGUCGGGCGCCGCGCCGCGAAGCGUCGCGAAAUGCCCGCCCCCCGCCUGCAAAGCGCGGCCGGGAAGAUGGCGGCGGGCAGGGCGCUGGGUGCCGGUGGCGCCUGGCUGCGUGGGCUCCUGGGCUGGGCGCGGCCGGAGAGGUGGUUAGCAUCCAGUAGUGUUUUCCCUCUGUCAUGCAUCCACACAAGUGCAUGUCUACAGAAAGUUGGGAAGUGGGAGAAAAAGAACAGGAUCGUUUACCCUCCGCAGCUGCCUGGAGAACCUCGCAGACCAGCUGAAAUAUAUCACUGUCGGAGGGACAUAAAAUACAGCAAAGAUAAGAUGUGGUAUCUGGCAAAACUGAUAAAAGGAAUGUCCAUUGAUCAGGCUCUUGCUCAGUUGGAGUUUAAUGAUAAAAAGGGAGCAAAGGUGAUCAAAGAGGUUCUGUUAGAAGCUCAAGAAAUGGCAGUAAAAAAUCACAAUGUGGAAUUCAAAUCAAAUUUACAUAUAGCUGAGUCAUUAACAGGCAGAGGCCAAUAUACGAAACGGAUUCGUUACCAUGGUAAAGGCAUGUUUGGCAUCAUGAAACUAGUCAGGUGCCACUACUUUGUGAAACUGGUGGAAGGUCCUCCUCCUCCUCCAGAGCCACGAAAGACUGGUUUUGAUCAAGCAAAAGAAUAUGUGCAACAGCUGCGAAAUAGAACACUUGUUCAUACACUGUGACAAACUCUUGUGACUGUAUUGGUACUCCUUGUUUGACAGUGUAGUUAUAUAAAAUAAUAAUUAAAAUCAUGUGUUGGGUGUAUUUUAAGUGCUGCUGAAGCUGGAUUCUGCAAGAAUGACCAUAGUCUUUUUCUUAAUUUUCAAGCAAUAGAGAAAAAUCUUGGAAAAGCAGCAACAGAUCUUGAGUUACUUGGACCACAGCAUUCAAACUUGUCCGGGCUAUCAAAUCUAGAGCAUACAGGGCACCUACACAAUUUCUCAGGAACUUUGGUUGUCACAAAACUGAUGCAGCUAUCUUUUUGUUAUAUACAUUUGGGUCUUCUGUUGUAAAAAUGCACAAUGGACAGCUUGCAAGGUCAAGAUUUUGAGUAAAAUGAUCAGAAUUGGACAUCUCAGAGUAACUACAACACUUCAACAAAGCUGGCAACAAUCCUAGAUUAUCAUGCAUCAUUUUAGGAUUCCUCUUGCUGAUUCCUUACUGUCUGUUAUGUGUCUUAGGCAUUGUGUCUGGCAGUAAGUAAAAAAAACUUAAAGUUCAGGUUUUGAGAGUGUCAGUAGGUGGCAUUGUUUAGUUUGUCUGAGAGGGACAUGGCAGAGAAAACUUGCAGCAUGUUGAAACUGUUCUUGAUUCUGACCGUGGCAUUAAUAGUCCGAUAUGUAUUUGGAGCUCAAGCUGUUCUCUGUAGAAACUCAAUAAGAGUAGCAGGCAUUAUAGGGAGGAAAGCUUAUCUUGGUGAAGAGUGAGCUAAUUAUUCUGUGGUGUCUGGGAACAAAUUGCUUUUGUAAUGCUGAGGCAAGUAAAAUGCUGUAUGGAUUUAAUAUGGAAUAGCUUGUUGCAUACAUGAACCAAGCUUUCAGUUC